AAGGUAAAAUGCUUCGUGGACUGCGCAAGAGUCGGUCGAGAGAGACAGAAGCGGAGCCGGAGGUCGCGUUUGACGUCAGCCAUUAUUUUAUUGAUGAUGUACUGGACCCAUGGCGGGAAAGAGAUGCCCUGGAGCGAGAGAGACUAUCGCAGCACGCGGCUCUGCGUGAGCUGGUGCUGCGCGGCGACGCGGCUGGGCUUAAAGCCAAGCUUACCGCCCUCGGGAGUAAUGCGCCGCUCUGCGUCAACCUGACGCCGCAGGGCGCCAACACGCUGCUAUAUGUGGCGGUGGAAGCAGGCCACACGGCCGUAGCCAAGGCGUUACUAGACGCGGGCGCUGACGGCCGAGCCCACCCCGUCACCAAAUACAGCCCCCUCUACAUCGCGUGCUACCACGGGCACCGGGAGCUGGUGCCUCUGCUGCUGCAGCACUUCCCUGAAGCUGUGCAGGUAUUCCCCCUCUACAUCGCGUGCUACCACGGGCACCGGGAGCUGGUGCCUCUGCUGCUGCAGCACUUCCCUGAAGCUGUGCAGGCAGGCCACACGGCCGUAGCCAAGGCGUUACUAGACGGCCGAGCCCACCCCGUCACCAAGUACAGCCCCCUCUACAUCGCGUGCUACCACGGGCACCGGGAGCUGGUGCCUCUGCUGCUGCAGCACUUCCCUGAAGCUGUGCAGGCAGGCCACACGGCCGUAGCCAAGGCGUUACUAGACGGCCGAGCCCACCCCGUCACCAAGUACAGCCCCCUCUACAUCGCGUGCUACCACGGGCACCGGGAGCUGGUGCCUCUGUUGCUGCACCACUUCCCUGAAGCUGUGCAGCAAGAAACGGUGGAGAAAUGGCUGCCGCUACACGCGGCCUGCAUCGGCGGCCACGCCGGCCUAGUGGCGCUGCUACUGGAGCACCCGUACCCGUCCUCGCUGCUCAGCACCUACACGGAUGUCACCGGCAAGUGGCAGUACGAAGCAGCGUUCGACGUGAACGCGGUGGACGCUCGCGGGCAGAGCGCGCUGUACGUGGCCAGCACGCUCGGCUGCAGCGCUGUAGUGGACGCGCUGUUGUCAUACUCUGUGCCUUGUCGCCCUGUCAAAGAACAGCCGGAGGAGCCAGAGGCGCUGGCGGCGCGGCCCGCGGCGCUGAGCCCGCAGCGCGGGGUCUCGCGCGGCAUACAGGCCAUCGUCAGCAGGCUCACCGGCUCCGGCCCCCACGAUGGAAUAGAGGAGAAGCGAGUGCACCCCGUGCGAGUGGACAUAGGGCGGGGCGUGGACUCGUGCGUGGCGUGCGCCGCGCGCGCCGGACACGCGCGCACCGUGCGCCGCCUGCUGCAGGCCGGGGCCGCCGCCGCCGCCGCCGCCGCGCCGCCCGAGAACGAGAGCACGGGCACGCGCGACUCGCGCCGGCGCUCGCGCAGCGCGUCCGCCGUCGGCUCCGUGUCGCCGUCUCCCUCGCUCACCCGGGCCAGCGCCGACCGCGACGUGCCAUGGACAGCGCUCGCGGUAGCGGUCAGGAACAAACAUGUACAAGUAGCAGACAUGCUUCUCCGAGCGGGCGCUGAUGACCCCCACGGGCUGGCGCUGCGGGAGUGCCACAAGCACCGUCUAGUGGCGCUGCUGGCCGCUAUUUUAGCCUCUAGGGCGUACCCCGACCCAGAGUACAAAAUGAACAAAGCGGCGGUGUCGGCGCUCGUGCUGGGCGCGGCGGCGCGCGACUCGUCGCUGACGCACAACGCGCUAGUGCCCAAAACGGCCGUCAUGGUGCACUGGCGGGCGCUGCACACCAUGCAGGACACUAUUCGAAUGUCGUGGCUGAGCGCGGCAGCGUUGCGCGUGAACCCGCACGUGUCGAGCGCCGCGCUGGCCCUGCACGCCGUCACGCGGCUAGAACUCGCGCAGAACGAGCUACAAUCCCUGCCCGCUGCUCUAUUCUCUCUGCUCAGCCUUAGGAGGGAGCGAGUGAACCCGCACGUGUCGAGCGCCGCGCUGGCCCUGCACGCCGUCACGCGGCUAGAACUCGCGCAGAACGAGCUACAAUCCCUGCCCGCUGCUCUAUUCUCUCUGCUCAGCCUUAGGUACCUUAACGUGGCAGCCAACAAGCUGGAGAGACUGCCGCUGGGCACCGAUCCUAUAGAAGAAGAGGAGCCUCGACGCCGGACGCCAUCUACUUCUGCAGCGCCCGUGUACAGCGCGCCGGUGUUGCAGGAGCUUUAUUUGCAAGAUAAUCGCCUAGAACAUCUUCCACCAGAGUUGUUCUCCCUGCCCGCUCUGACUACCCUGGACGUCAGUAACAACAAGCUUCGAACGCUGCCGUCCCGGGUGUGGGACGCGCCCGCGCUGCGGGACCUCAACGCCGCGCUCAACCUUCUUAGAGAUCUCCCCGCUAGAGACACGGUAAGUGGUCAUAGUUCCAUCUACCCCCAGAGUUUACCCUGUUCUGAUAAUCUUCGAACGCUGCCGUCCCGGGUGUGGGACGCGCCCGCGCUGCGGGACCUCAACGCCGCGCUCAACCUUCUUAGAGAUCUCCCCGCUAGAGACACGCUUCGAACGCUGCCGUCCCGGGUGUGGGACGCGCCCGCGCUGCGGGACCUCAACGCCGCGCUCAACCUUCUUAGAGAUCUCCCCGCUAGAGACACGCUUCGAACGCUGCCGUCCCGGGUGUGGGACGCGCCCGCGCUGCGGGACCUCAACGCCGCGCUCAACCUUCUUAGAGAUCUCCCCGCUAGAGACACGCUUCGAACGCUGCCGUCCCGGGUGUGGGACGCGCCCGCGCUGCGGGACCUCAACGCCGCGCUCAACCUUCUUAGAGAUCUGCCUGCUAGAGACACGAGCGACGCGCCGCAGUCUCCGGCCGAGUCCUCCCCGGCGCUGACCGCGUCACCCUCGGUCUCACAGUCUUCAUUCAACUUCGCACAGUCGUGGUUCCGCCGGCAGUCCGUGUCGAGUCGGCAGUCUGUGUCGAGCCACCAGUCCGUGCUGAGCCAGCAGUCUGUGUCGAGCCGCGCGUCGGUCGACAGCGCCGAUGACGACACGACGCCUGUGCUUGGGGACCGCAGCGGACACGCCGUAUGUUCGGAGGCGGUGCGCGCGCACCCUUGGCGCGCCGAGCCGCGACCGGAGCCCGGCGCGGGGCCCUGCGCGCUCGCCUCGCUCAACCUCGCGCACAACCAGUUCACGUGCGUGCCCGCCGGGCUUGCCUGCCUCGCGUCCAGGCUCACCUCGCUCAACAUGGCCUACAACUCGCUCCGGUCUAUGUCGUAUGUGACGUCAUACCCCACCAACCUGCGCCAGCUGGAUCUGAGCCACAACGAGAUCACGUGCUGGCCGAGUCUGCCUCAGGUGGAAAACUUCGGCUCAUCAGUCGGCGACCCGCUAGCAUGCUACUGUCGCGGCGGCGCGGCGCGCGCUCGGCCGUCCUCGCGGCCCCGCUCGGGCGGCGUGCGCGCGCAGCUCUUGCACUGCGCUUGCGCAGCUAGGAGCCAUUUGAGACUCGACUCGCUCCGGACUUUGAUCCUGGCGAACAACAUGCUCGAGCGCAUCCAGCUGACGACGGACGACGACGGAAACGUACCGGACCGGGACGGGGACAUUGACGAGGACGAUGAGUGGAACUCGAUGGCGGGUCUGCGGUCGCGGCUGGUGUUCCCGCUCCUCUCCAUGUUGGACGUGUCGUGCAACAUGCUGCGCUCGGUGCCGCCGCUCAUACACGCCCUGACCAACCUGUCCGUGCUCAACAUUAGCGGGAACAAAGAAAUAACGGACCUACCGCCACAAAUGGGCCUCCUCUCCCGCCUGUGGAACCUGAACACGGCCGGCUGCUCGCUCCACGAGCCACUAGGGUCCAUGCUGGCCUGCGGCCGCUACAAGAGCAUGGACAUCGUGGGGUACCUCAAGUCCGUGCUGCAGGAGGCGCGGCCGUACACCAACAUGAAGCUGAUGCUGGUGGGGCUGCAGGGUAUCGGCAAAACAAGCUUACUGGAGUGCUUGAGGCAAGAGUCUCCAUUACAGUAUAGAAGAAAAGGGACCGAUCACUGGGCGCUGCGCAUGGGCAACAAGGCGUCGGGCCGCAACAUGUCCACCGUCGGCGUGGACAUCGGCACGUGGAGCUACGAGCCGCCACGUGCCUCCCGCGGCCCGGUCACGUUCCGCACGUGGGACUUCGGCGGACAGCGCGAGUACUACGCAACGCACCAAUAUUUCCUCUCCCGCCGGUCGCUGUACCUCGUGGUGUGGAGACUCACUGACGGGAGGAAGGGGCUGGCGGAUGCCAUUGGAUGGCUCAGGUCUAUACAAGCGCGCGCCCCGGGAUCGCCCGUCAUUCUCGUCGCAACGCACCACGAUCAGAUCGCUAACAGCACGUUGGCUGAGAGCGAGAGUCCCGCGGCGCUGCAGCGGCUGGUCCGCGCGGCGCUGCUGCAGGCGCCCGACGCCGACAAGAAGGGCCUACCGCGAGUCUGCGACUCCGUCGAGGUGUCGUGCAGCACGAAACACAACAUCCGUCUGCUCGCCGACGUGAUCUACUCGGUCGCCUACAGCGUGAAGCCACCUGGCAGCAAGGAGCCACUGUUGGAGCAGCGCAUUCCUGCCACGUACCUGGCGCUGGAGGAGUGCGUGACGUCACUGGCGGCCGAGCUGCGAGAACCCGUGCUCAACCACGACGAAUAUAAACGACUGGUGACGCAGUACAUGCAGUCGAAGGGGCACCGCACGUUCCGGGACGCGGCCGAGCUGCACCAGGCCACCAUGUUCCUGCACGAGAACGGCGUGUUGGUGCACUAUGACGAUGCAGCGCUGAAACAACUGUACUUCCUCCGUCCGCAGUGGCUGUGCGACGUGCUGGCCCACGUGGUCACCGUUAGGGAAAUCAAUCCAUUUGCCAACAACGGCAUAAUGAAGAUCGAGGACCUCGCGCACGUGUUCAAGGCCUCCCCCCUCCUGGCGCGGGGGGACGAGGCCUCCUCGCUGGGGGUCAGCCUGCUCAACAAGUUCGAGCUGGCCCUCUGCUGGGACAGCAGGACGCUGCUGGUGCCUCCACUCCUGCCCGCCUCCGAGCCCGCCGUGAGUCUCUCUUGUACCCCACACGGGUCACUAGCCUGCUCAACUAGUCGAGCUGGCCCUCUGCUGGGACAGCAGGACGCUGCUGGUGCCUCCACUCCUGCCCGCCUCCGAGCCCGCCGUGAGUCUCUCUUGUACCCCACACGGGUCACUAGCCUGCUCAACAAGUUCGAGCUGGCCCUCUGCUGGGACAGCAGGACGCUGCUGGUGCCUCCACUCCUGCCCGCCUCCGAGCCCGCCGUGAGUCUCUCUUGUACCCCACACGGGUCACUAGCCUGCUCAACUAGUCCAGCUGGCCCUCUGCUGGGACAGCAGGACGCUGCUGGUGCCUCCACUCCUGCCCGCCUCCGAGCCCGCCGUGAGUCUCUCUUGUACCCCACACGGGUCACUAGCCUGCUCAACAAGUUCGAGCUGGCCCUCUGCUGGGACAGCAGGACGCUGCUGGUGCCUCCACUCCUGCCCGCCUCCGAGCCCGCCCCUGCUCAACUAGUCGAGCUGGCCCUCUGCUGGGACAGCAGGACGCUGCUGGUGCCUCCUCUCCUGCCCGCCUCCGAGCCCGCCCCUGCUCAACUAGUCGAGCUGGCCCUCUGCUGGGACAGCAGGACGCUGCUGGUGCCUCCUCUCCUGCCCGCCUCCGAGCCCGCCCCUGCUCAACUAGUCGAGCUGGCCCUCUGCUGGGACAGCAGGACGCUGCUGGUGCCUCCUCUCCUGCCCGCCUCCGAGCCCGCCCCUGCUCAACUAGUCGAGCUGGCCCUCUGCUGGGACAGCAGGACGCUGCUGGUGCCUCCUCUCCUGCCCGCCUCCGAGCCCGCCCCUGCUCAACUAGUCGAGCUGGCCCUCUGCUGGGACAGCAGGACGCUGCUGGUGCCUCCUCUCCUGCCCGCCUCCGAGCCCGCCUGCAAAGGAACCAUUACAAGAAUCGACAGUUUUGUCAAGGAUCCCGUAGCUUUGGCAGCCGCCAGCGCCGAUAUAUUAGAGGCGCGUAAAGAGAAGCUUAUUUCCACCUUAAAAGAUUACGAAAAGGUGCAAAUGGACAUCCUAAGCAUUGAUGAAGGCGACGGUGAACAGGGCCACAACACAUUGCUGCAUCAGGAGCGCAAUGUGAAUGUGGACAAGCCCAGGACAAAUAAUGAUGACAGUCAGCAGCCACUAUCAUCCGAUGCUGCAAACAUCUAUUUUGCUAUAUUGUUGCAGGGCUGCAUUAAAACUGAAAAUGGACCGGUAUUUCAGAAUACCAUGUUAGGAUAUGUUGUCGGAGGAAGUAUCCCCGAGCAAGGACACCACUGCGUGUUCAAUCCUUCCAGUCGAACCUCACCUCAUCGUGUGGUCUUUGAUGGAUCAAUGAGAUCUAGAAAUGGGACAUCGCUGAAUCAAGUCAUGCUGAACGGACCUGUUACACCGCAGCUGCCUCUGAAGACGCGCGUGUGGGCGGGCGCCGGCGCCGGCACGCCGCGCCGCGCCGCGCCCGCGCUGGCCGCUGCGCCCGCGCGGGCCGACUCGCCCUCACUGAUACACGUCCAACCUUUUUAUUAUUGCUUAAGAAAACCCCUCUCAAUGAUUGUUAUUAUUACAGAGGAGAGUCCCGGCAGCAUCAGCGUGGAGGGCCGCUCCACCGGGCGGGCGCUGCGCCGCAUGCUGCUGCUGUCGUACAUCCCGUGCGGGCUGUGGGCGCGGCUGUGCGCGCGCGUGCUGGCCGACCCGGCCGUGGCCGCCGCCGCGCAGAUGCUGUACAAACUACCCGCGGACCGUGUAGCCAUGGUGCUGCUGUCGUACAUCCCGUGCGGGCUGUGGGCGCGGCUGUGCGCGCGCGUGCUGGCCGACCCGGCCGUGGCCGCCGCCGCGCAGAUGCUGUACAAACUACCCGCGGACCGUGUAGCCAUGGUGCUGCUGUCGUACAUCCCGUGCGGGCUGUGGGCGCGGCUGUGCGCGCGCGUGCUGGCCGACCCGGCCGUGGCCGCCGCCGCGCAGAUGCUGUACAAACUACCCGCGGACCGUGUAGCCAUGGUGCUGCUGUCGUACAUCCCGUGCGGGCUGUGGGCGCGGCUGUGCGCGCGCGUGCUGGCCGACCCGGCCGUGGCCGCCGCCGCGCAGAUGCUGUACAAACUACCCGCGGACCGUGUAGCCAUGGUGCUGCUGUCGUACAUCCCGUGCGGGCUGUGGGCGCGGCUGUGCGCGCGCGUGCUGGCCGACCCGGCCGUGGCCGCCGCCGCGCAGAUGCUGUACAAACUACCCGCGGACCGUGUAGCCAUGGUGCUGCUGUCGUACAUCCCGUGCGGGCUGUGGGCGCGGCUGUGCGCGCGCGUGCUGGCCGACCCGGCCGUGGCCGCCGCCGCGCAGAUGCUGUACAAACUACCCGCGGACAUGGAAGUGGAUGCGACAACCACAAAGGCGUUAGAGCCGAACUGGGCGUGGAAACUUUGGCGGUCAGGUCUCCAGCUUUCCUGGGGGUCUCUGGUCGCUCUGGAGGUGCGAGAGCGAGAGGCGAGACACGACCCGCUGCUGGGAGACCAUCCUGAGAGCGACAGUGGGAGGGACCUGAGGUUCAGGGUGAAACAGGAAGGUGCGUGGUGUUCCCUGGAGGUUGCGCGCUCGCCCAGCAUAGAGGUCACGUUGCCGGCGCGAGUGUGCGUGGCGCGCCGCACUGACGGCCUGCCCCUGGCCGGGUACCAGGGCUGGGCAGGGCUGGGCAGGGCUGGCGGGGGCUCGCGAGACCAACAGGAAGGCGCGAGGUGUACCCUGGAGGUGGCGCGCUCGCCCAGCAUAGAGGUCACGUUGCCGGCGCGAGUGUGCGUGGCGCGCCGCACUGACGGCCUGCCCCUGGCCGGGUACCAGGUGAGCGGGGCGUGUGGGGCUGGGCCGGGCUGGGCAGGGCUGGGCAGGGCUGGGCAGGGCUGGCGGGGGCUCGCGAGACCAACAGGAAGGCGCGAGGUGUACCCUGGAGGUGGCGCGCUCGCCCAGCAUAGAGGUGAGCGGGGCGUGUGGGGCUGGGCCGGGCUGGGCAGGGCUGGGCAGGGCUGGGCAGGGCUGGGCAGGGCUGGCGGGGGCUCGCGAGACCAACAGGAAGGCGCGAGGUGUACCCUGGAGGUGGCGCGCUCGCCCAGCAUAGAGGUCACGUUGCCGGCGCGAGUGUGCGUGGCGCGCCGCACUGACGGCCUGCCCCUGGCCGGGUACCAGGUGGCGCGCUCGCCCAGCAUAGAGGUCACGUUGCCGGCGCGAGUGUGCGUGGCGCGCCGCACUGACGGCCUGCCCCUGGCCGGGUACCAGGUGAGCGGGGCGUGUGGGGCUGGGCCGGGCUGGGCAGGGCUGGGCAGGGCUGGCGGGGGCUCGCGAGACCAACAGGAAGGCGCGAGGUGUACCCUGGAGGUGGCGCGCUCGCCCAGCAUAGAGGUCACGUUGCCGGCGCGAGUGUGCGUGGCGCGCCGCACUGACGGCCUGCCCCUGGCCGGGUACCAGGGCUGGGCAGGGCUGGGCAGGGCUGGCGGGGGCUCGCGAGACCAACAGGAAGGCGCGAGGUGUACCCUGGAGGUGGCGCGCUCGCCCAGCAUAGAGGUCACGUUGCCGGCGCGAGUGUGCGUGGCGCGCCGCACUGACGGCCUGCCCCUGGCCGGGUACCAGGUGAGCGGGGCGUGUGGGGCUGGGCCGGGCUGGGCAGGGCUGGGCAGGGCUGGGCAGGGCUGGCGGGGGCUCGCGAGACCAACAGGAAGGCGCGAGGUGUACCCUGGAGGUGGCGCGCUCGCCCAGCAUAGAGGUGAGCGGGGCGUGUGGGGCUGGGCCGGGCUGGGCAGGGCUGGGCAGGGCUGGGCAGGGCUGGGCAGGGCUGGCGGGGGCUCGCGAGACCAACAGGAAGGCGCGAGGUGUACCCUGGAGGUGGCGCGCUCGCCCAGCAUAGAGGUCACGUUGCCGGCGCGAGUGUGCGUGGCGCGCCGCACUGACGGCCUGCCCCUGGCCGGGUACCAGGUGAGCGGGGCGUGUGGGGCUGGGCCGGGCUGGGCAGGGCUGGGCAGGGCUGGGCAGGGCUGGCGGGGGCUCGCGAGACCAACAGGAAGGCGCGAGGUGUACCCUGGAGGUGGCGCGCUCGCCCAGCAUAGAGGUCACGUUGCCGGCGCGAGUGGCUGGGCAGGGCUGGGCAGGGCUGGCGGGGGCUCGCGAGACCAACAGGAAGGCGCGAGGUGUACCCUGGAGGUGGCGCGCUCGCCCAGCAUAGAGGUCACGUUGCCGGCGCGAGUGUGCGUGGCGCGCCGCACUGACGGCCUGCCCCUGGCCGGGUACCAGAGCAUAAGCCUGGAACCUAACAUGGAGGCGCUGGCGCGGCUGCUGGCCGUGCUGUCGGACCACGUAGAUCUACUGUUAGAAGACUGGUAUCCCUCGCUUGGUACUCGUUUCGUGCACACCUCGGAGGGGCGAUGCCUUAUAACGCGCGUAGUGCCGUGCGCACAAUGCCUCGCGGCCUGGGAGGACGAAGCUGACCGACCCGAACAUUUAGCGCAGGCGCUGCAGCGGGCGGGGUUGGGGGAGGGGCGGGGGCGCGGCUCGCGGGACUCGCGCGCCUCCGACCGGGACAGCGGCGUCGGCGCAGACUCCGCCGCGUCAUCUCGCAUCGGUUCAGUGGAAGGCACGCUCAGCGCCCGCGAGGAGACCGUCUCCGAGGUCCACGGCUGGACCGUGGAGCAGUGCCUGCUGGCGGCGUGCACUGCACAUAGCCUCGUGUGCCCCACACACGGGGGCGUACCGCUGCAGCGAGUAGCGCCCGACGCGCUGCUCCUCGACGUGGAGGAAGGGCAGCGCGCGCGCUGGGAGCACAUCGUGCUGGAGUCUGUGGCCGGCCGCGGCGCCUUCGGCACCGUCAUGGCGGCCGUGUGGAGGCCCCCGGGGCUGCAGGCUAGAAAAGUCGCUGUUAAGGCGCUACAGCCCGUGCCGCCGCCGAGAGCGCAACAUCAUCAUGCUUACAAGGUGGCGCUAGCCAGAUGGGAGCGUUCGCCGACAGCGGGCGCGUGCCGCGCGUACUGCGGGCUGCGGCAGGAGCUGGGCGUGCUGCGCGUGCUGCGCCACCCGCACGUGCUGCGCCUGCGCGCCGUGUGCGCCGCGCCGCUCGCGCUGCUGCUCGAGAGGGCGCCACAGGGUGCGCUCGACAACAUCCUGCGCGCGUACGGCGGCAUGGGCGCGCGGGUCGGCGCGCGCGCCGCUCGCGCGCUCGCGCUGCAGCUGGCCCGCGCUCUAGAAUACUUACACGCGCAGCGCGUGCUGUAUAGAGACCUCAAGUCUGAGAACGUGUUAGUGUGGGAGAUGCCGAGCGUGGCGACGGCAGUGGCUGCCGAGCUUAGCCCCGCACCCAUUCCCGUUCACGUCAAACUGGGAGAUUAUGGCAUAAGCCGGCUCGCGCCGCCGUCUGGCACGAAGGGCUUCGGCGGCACGGAGGGGUUCAUGGCGCCCGAGAUCAUGCGCUACAACGGCGAACAAGAAUACAACGAGAAGGUGGAUUGUUUCUCGUUCGGCAUGCUCCUGUACGAGAUCGUGACGCUGCGGCAGCCGUUCGAGGGUCACGAAGCCGUCAAGGAAGCUAUCCUAGACGGCGCGCGGCCCUCGCUCACGCCGAGGGACCUACAGUAUCCGUGCAACAUUCUGGAGACGAUGCGUCGCUGCUGGCGCGGCGCGCCCGAGCUGCGGCCGUCCGCCGCCGCGCUGGUGUCGGCCGCGGCGGCGCCCGAGUUCACCGCUUUGCUCGACGCCGCCGCCGCUCGCGCCUCGCGAGCCGCCACCGCGGUGGCCCUGCGACAUGUCACAGACGAGGGUGCCCCCGGGUGGGAGGUGUGGUGCGGCGGGGAGCCCGAGCGGUUACACACUCUGCUCUGCACGGAGCACCACAUCACGCAACAACACGCUAUUCGAGUUCCGCCAGACGGCGAUGUCCCGGUGACGGUGACUGCGCUGUGCCGCGUCGGCGCCGCCGUGUGGGCCGGGGACAGCACCGGCCGGGUCUCCGUCUACUCGUCAUCUACGUGCUCUCUCCUGUGGACGGGCAAGGUGCAGGAGUCUGUGGGCGGCGGGCCGAGCGCCGUGACCGCGCUGCAGCCGCUGCCGCAGCUGCGGCGGGUGGCGCUGGCGCUGCAGUGCGGCAGGUUAUUCCUCGUCCGCUCGGAGCGGGAGGUGGCGGGGGCGGGGGCGGAGGCGGAGGGCGGGUUCGUGCUCACUGAGUUGGGCACCGCUAGUGAGUUGUGCUGUCUGGCCGCCGUGCCCUCACCACAAGGGUUCGAGAUCUGGGCGGGCGGGUCCGGUCUGUAUACAUACGCGGUGUCCGCUUCCGGUGUGUGCGGCGCCGAGCCCCUGCCGGCGACCCCGCGCGUGGCGCUCCUGGCCGCCAGCCCCGAGGAGCCCUAUGUUGCCCUCUAUUCGGAGCCGGGAGUGUGCGUGUACCAGUGGUCGGUCCGCAGCCGGCAGCAGACCGCCCGGCUGGACUGCAGCAAGCUCGUGCCGUGCAGCGAGAGCUUGCAGUCGCUCGCGCUGGACUCGCGGCCUGGCGAGGAACUCGGCCGGGUGACGGCGCUGACGGCGCUGGGAGGCUCCCUGUACGUGGGCACGGCGUGGGGCGUCCUGAUCGUGUGCGCGUGCGCCAGCCUGCGCCCGCUCGCCGUGUUCCGGCCCUACGAGGAAAGCGUGACGUCGAUAGUGCCGCUGUACCCGGGCCGCGGCUCGCAGGCCGCCAUGCUGGCCACGCUGGGCGCGGGCUACCGGCCCCUGCUGCACCGCUAUGCGCCGCAACAGCCUAACACAUCGAGUACCUCGUACAGCGGGCCGCACUGCCUCCUCUGGCGCGCCGGCCACUGGCUGCCCGACUAAACACGUCCGACGUGUAUACACGGCUAACUCGCAC